GGGAUUCGCUCGCACAGAUGGCGCGAGUUUUGCAUCGCCGUGUAUUGUGAGUGUGUGUGAAAAAUACAUCGCGCUGUCCUCGCUGCGGGAAAACGCGGAAAAGCCAGGGUUUUUUUGAGGCCGGCUAAAAUUGCGCGUACGUGACAGCGUUGAAGAGUCGGGAGUGCGGCCCUUGUGGCCGAUUUUUCGCCAACGAGCUCCCGUAGCGGCAGCCAGUCUCCGAAAAUUGCCUGGAUCUGUGGAAACACGCGAAAUUAUAUUCCCGAUGUGAGAGAGCAGAGCCGAGGGGAGAGCGCGAGUGGUGUCCUCUGUUCAAGCAUCCUCCGAACUAAGUGCUACCGGUGGUCGGAUAAUGACCGGAAGGGGGACCAAGCGACGGGGACGGCCGCCCAAGUCCGUCGUGAUGGAGCGGCCAAAAAAGUUCCAGUACCAUCUCAUGAAGAAGCCCAAGUACUUGCAGGCCAAGGGUUCGGAAACGCCGGGCUCGCAGCCCGGCACUCCGACGGCCUCGAGGCCAACCUCGCCGCAGGAGACCCAGACGACCGAGGAUACGAGGCGCAGCACGCGUAACCGUAAGACCAAGGGGGCCCGGGAAAAGCACUCGAGAAAGGGUGGACACACCGGCUCUGGCUACCAGCGGCGUGGUUAUAACACGAGCAUGGAUUAUCAUGACUCGGAGUACCACUAUGGUUCUGACUUUGGUGACGAGUCCAGUGACAAAAGUGACAUAGAGGACGACCCACUGCUGCAAAGCGAAGAAGAAUCCUCGGAGAGCAUAGAGGAGCCCGAUCCAUCUAGCGACAGUGACUUUUCGCUGUCGAGUUUCAGUACCACCAGUGGCACACCGAGGAGAACUCUGUUGAGUCAACAGAGACCCCCCAGUCCAGAGCCACUGUGGCUUCAAAAUCGCGAUAUUAUUCCUCUUCACUUGCCCAAGUCCUCCGACGACCUGCUAGUUCCUAAAGAUUUAGUUAUGCCUUGCCUCUCUAUUUAUGAAGUCCUUAGGCAUUUCCGAACUCUUCUUAGGCUCUCGCCCUGCAGGUUCGAAGACUUUUGUGCAGCUAUGAUUUGCGAAGACCAAACCAAUUUAUUGGCUGAAAUUCAUAUUACGCUUAUCAAAGCUUUAUUGCGAGAGGAGGAUUCGCAGCAAACCCACUUUGGCCCGCUCGAUCAGAAGGACUCUGUCAAUAUCAGUCUUUAUUUUGUCGAUGCCAUGACAUGGCCAGAGGUUCUAAGAUCAUACGUCGAAAGUGACAAAUGUUUUGAUCUAAACAUUUUAACUAUUCUUUCCAAUUCCGAGUAUCCAUUUUCUGGUAUAGAAGAUAGGAUAAAAGUUUUACAAUUUUUAACUGGCCAGUUUCUUAUAACUAAUCCUGUUCGAGAAGAUUUACUUCACGAAGGUAACAGAGAUUAUGACGAUCAUUGCCGAGUCUGCCAUAGACUUGGUGACUUAUUAUGUUGCGAAACAUGUCCAGCGGUGUUUCACUUAGAAUGCGUAGAACCGCCGCUCGUCGAUGUACCUCCCGAAGAUUGGCAAUGUAAUAUAUGUAAAGCUCAUAAAAUAAGCGGUGUGAUGGACUGUGUACCCGAUGUGGAAAAAAAUGGCUUGCUCUGUAGACAAGAGCAUUUGGGAUUCGAUAGACAUGGGCGAAAGUAUUGGUUUCUCGUCAGAAGAGUUAUUAUUGAAAGCGAGGAUGGCGAACUAUGGUAUUGUAGUACUCCGUUGCAGUUAGAAGAGCUAAUGAAUUCUUUGGAUAAGAAUGAAAUGGAAGUUGCCCUUUACAGAGAAUUAUCCGACUAUAAAGAUGAAAUUAAACGGCAAAUGGAACUAACGGAAAGCCUUACAAAUCAAUUUAAGGGUAAUAAGAAAUCUUACUUAGAAGUGGAAAACAGUCUCAUUCAAAAAUUGCAAAAAGAACGUCAGGAAAAAUUGGAAAAAGAAGAAGAGGAUAGGAAGGAAAAAGAAAGACAAGAAGCUGAGGAGAUGGUUCGCAGAAUACACGAGGAACCCGAGUCUUUAAUAGAACCGAGCGUGCCGUCCGAACAAACAGAAGCUAAAAGCAUUAAGGAGGGCCAAGAGCAAAGUGAAAAAACGGAGGAAACAAUUGAACCGGAGGAAAAUUCCAUCGAUAAUCCAAAUAAUGAAAAUAAAUGUAAAGUCGACGGUGAAUAUAUGGAUAUGGACGAAGUGACGGAAGAUGUCGAUAAAGACGGCAAAAAACAUAAUAUUGUGACAAGGUCAAAGACUGGUUCACUAACGCCUAGAACGUUUAAUAUAGAUGAACUGAAGAAAAAAGCGCUGCCCCCAGGGACAAAAGAGGAGCCUGAAAAAAACAUGCCAGAGAAAGCUACGAAGGAAGAAAGCGAUAAUGCAAGAUUGACGCGUCAAAAAGCUCAGCAAAUAGCAUCGGGCACUCAUUUGUUUAAGCUGGGUAUGGAUAAUACAUUCAAAUCGUAUGUGAAUCAGUACAGCACCAACGCAAUGGCCUUGAACAAGAUUCAGCGAAAUGAAGAACGUGAUAAAAAGCGCCAUUUAUCGCACAAAUUUGCCUUGGCACAAACUAUCGAAUUCAAAUGGAUCGGAAGCUUGACGGGUGCCCGAGCUCUGCUAGUUCAGACUCUUCGGCAGACGGUCAUGCAAUUGGAAAGCAGCAUCCAAGCGCCGUUUAUGCACACCAAUUGGCCAUUAUUGCGCAAGCCAUGGACGAGCGCCGUCGGCUCGUGCGUAAAUCCGCGGGAUUUUGCGCGCGCACUCAUCGCUCUGCAGGCGUGCAUCAAGUCGGUGGUCUUCGCUAACGUCUGGCACGAGCAGCUCGGCCAUGUGAAACUGCAGAGAGUCACGGCGCUCGAGCGCGAGGAAAAGAAGCGCCUCGACAAGAAAGAGAAGAAAGAAAAGGAGGACGAGGAGGAGAGGAAUCGACUUACUUACAAUUUCAUCAAGUACACACUCGGUCUGAAGCACCAGAUAUGGAAGCAGAAGGGCGAAGAAUACCGUGUGCAUGGCCAGUGGGGCUGGCUUUGGAUAUCGGCGAGUCGACGCUACAAGUCCCUCGACAUUGUUAAAACGGGCCUGCGCGCCGGACCACAGAAAAUCAUGGUUCAAGUAAGGGAUCAAAUAGGCCUUAAGAUUUUGGCUGUUGACCCAUCCACAUACGAAUUUUUAAUCAAGCAAUACUGCCCACCUGAGAAUGCGGAAUCUCUCGACAAUAAAGACAAAAUUAUCAAGCAGGAAAUAAAAUCUGAAGAGCCUAAUACUGAUAAUAAAGUUUCCGAGAUUAAUGAAGAAACGUCAAAUGCAGAUAAAACGAGCGAUAUUAAAGAAGUGAAAGUAGAAACGAGCGAGGAGCAAAAAGUAGAGCCCAAAACGGAACUCCAAACACCGAAACCAGAAACAAAACUUAAUUUACCUUUUUUGGCCGGAAUGAAGAUUCAAAAAGUAUUUAAACCAGUGACAGAAUUCGAAGAAAUUGAUAUAACUAAGGCAUUGACUACGUCGGGACGUGUCUUUUAUCCAAAAAUUGGUAAAAAGACUCGAAUAGAUGAUUUCCUAGCUCGACGUACACAUCUAAAACUUCUAGAAGAGAGGCGAUUAUCUCAAUCAGAAAAGUUAAAAGAAAUGACAAAUCGAAUGAACAAUCAAAAGACGAACGAAGAAGAGACUGAUAUAGAUAUUGAAAGUACAGAGGAUGGUGAGGCUGCCGCCGGCAAUGAUACAACACUGCAGAAUAUUUUAUUAGGCAAACAAGCAAGUAAAGGCACCGCUUCCAAUAGGGAUAUGCUCGUGGCAAUAGGAAAGCGCAUCCAACUCGUUCGAUCACAGUAUGCAAAUUUAAUGCGCCUCGGUGGAAAAAAUGUGACUUGUUACUCUCGAUACUGCAAUGCAGCCACCCAGAAUUUGACGAAUAAAACGAUUAGCACACCUCAGAGUUUAGCAAUCAAUUGCUAUUCUCCGGUUUGUUUGAAAAAGAGCCAAUUGAAGCGGGAUCUCGUAAUGCUGUUACGAAAAGCAAAUGUCCUAAACAAUAAUCAAUCGUCUGCUAAUGCUGCAACUGCUACCGUAAAAACAGAAGCAAACGACAAUAGUAAAGAUAACGUAGUUAAAAGUGAAACUGAUUCGAGUACAAAUGAAAAAUCAACUAAUAAUACUCAAAGUAAAAAAACUGAGGAUAAUGGUGGUGAUCUACCUGCGACUAAAAAGAUUAAAUUGGAAUCGGAUGAUAGCUCCGAUACUAAAAGCAAUCAAAAAGUUGUUACAACAAAUAAUGUUGCAACAACUACACAGCAGACUAAAACUACAGUUGGCAUAGUUAAGAACCCGCAAGAUACUGCUACAUCUUGUAAUUCAAUUGAAACAACAUCUGAAACGAAGACUAAAGGUUCUACAUCACCCAAGACUACAACAAUUGUAAAUCGUCGUGGUAGAACUGUACAGCGAAUUAUUUAUACUAAAGAGUUGAAUGCCGAUGGAACAGAAAGAAUAUAUUCAGCAACGUCAACAGAAGGAAAAAUUUAUUUGAAAAAAGUUGCCAUAUCCCUUGCAGAUAGAAGAAAAAAGCGAACACCCGUGAAAUAUCCUUUAUGCUCGACAUUUUGUAGUAAGAAUAAGCAUCGGAGUAUAUUGAUACUACCACAACAUGAAUUAAGAAAAUUAGCUAGAGCCGGCGGUCGACAACCUGUGCAAGGAUUUCAUCACAUGGCUAAGGCAAAUAUGUCAGUAUGGCCUUACCCUUGUCCAAGGCCUCUAUUUAAGACUUGCUGGCUGUAUCGCACAGUGGGGCUAAAGUCUCUUGCAGCAGCAGCUCUUCAGUUACGAAUACUUUGGUCAUGUUUGAGAUGGGAUGACGUUUCUGCCAAACCAUUAUCAAAUGAUGGCAAACAUCAAAUUACCACCGAUACCGAAAUAAUGUCACUGGAAAUUUUGAAACACAGACACGUUGGUCAAUUUAUGGAUAAGACUCAAUAUUUGCGUAGAAAAGUUGUCAUUCCAUUAGAAUUACCGAAGCAAGUAAGAGAAGUAACAUCAAUUCGUAGUGGUUUACGUAAGAGAAAACGACCGGAGUCGCCACAAAGUACCGAACCGCAGGUUUCAGAAGAAUGGGUAGAUGAAGAUAAACUUGAACUUUGGGAAAUUAAACAAUAUGGGGAAAGGUUAGAGAAGGCUAAUGCCCAGAUUAUUACUAGGAGUAGAUCCGGCGUACCACAGACUGUAGUUGUGAGUGGUAAUCGUGUUACGGGUUCUAUUACUGCUAGUGAUCAGCUAGUCAGCGGUAAAUCAACACCAGAAGAAAUAAAAGAGAAGAUGGAACAACAGCUACGUCUUCAAAGAGCAGCCCACCAACAGAAGCGAGCAUUAGAAAGUUUAAAAAAUCCAGCCACUCCUGUAACUCAACUUGUCAAAGUCACUACGAAUUCUUCUCAAGAUGGUACUCUCAAAGUAGUUACCAAAGUAGCUAUACCAGCUAAUCCUAAUACACCUCAAGGAAAAUCACAGCUGACAUCAUUACUUACUACGCCAAAUCAAAAUAAAUUUAUCGGCACUCGAAGAAUUUAUAUGACCAAAGCCGCUGAUGGUACAACUAGGGUAAUUUCAGGACCUACGAGUAUUUUACCGAAAACUGCGCAACAAACUUCUAAUCAGCAGUCACUCAUUAAAACGUCUGGCCAAUCUUCAAAUACACCGGUACAGCAUGUGCAGCAGAAAGUGCAAAUUCUGCGUGGUCCCGAUGGUAAAUUGCAAGUCCGAGGCCUCAUGCCAGGUCAGCAAUUGGUUCAGAUGCCAGAUGGUAAGCUCCACGUUCUCAACACGACUCAGACCAUAGCGACGACUACGCCUCAGCAGCAGACGGUAGUCGCUGCUACGACUCCUUCCAGUGGUGCUACAACUCCGACCGCACAAGCAAGCACGAAGGUGACUGCGAAUGCUGUAAGCGCCGGGAAAACGUCGACGGUUAGCGCUGGCAAGGCAGCUGCUGUCAAAGUGACGAUCAACCAGACCGAUGCGACGCAGCAACAAACACCUGUGCAGCUACAACAGGUAGUUCAGAGUGGUCAGCGAUUGAAGGCUGCUAUUGUCAGCCCAGGAUCGGUUACCACUCCUCAACAGCAAAAGAGCACUUUUGUAGUUGCAAAUACUGGACAAGUAGUGCAAGGAGCACAAGUUCUUACAACAUCGGGACAAGUCAUCACUACAAAUCAAAUAGUCGUUAAUAAUCCCGCUUUAGCGCAGCAAUUAGCUUCCGGAAAGGCCCAAUUAGCGACCAUUGGUGGUCAACAAGUCUUGUUGCGAAACACAAAUGCAGGAAAUUUAGUCCAGUUGAAUUCGCCGAAUGCUGGUAUUAUUGUAAGAAAUGCCGCAUCUAAAAAUCAAACAGUGGCAGCUGCACAAUCGACAGCCGUAUCGACAACGUCGACGACCAACGUAAGCGAAAGUUCAGUCGUCAGUACGGUUGCUAGUACGACAACUGCCACGUCUACUACGACGAGUUCACCGUCUACCCCCUCUAGCCAAUCUCUGCCGAAUUUGGGGGGCCCUACGGGAACGCCCGGAGCCCCGGCUCCGGGAAGCGUAGAAGCCUCCUUACUCGUUGGUCAACCGCCUGGCACCGUCAUAAAGUGCGUUACUGCCCAGGUCAUUCAGACGACUCAGGGGCCUCGCAUCGUCUUACAAGGACUGCAGGGAACAGACUUCACCCCGAAUCAGUUGUCGAUGGUUCAUCAGCAGGUAAAGCAACAGCUGCUAAAAGCACAAGAGACGGCGGGCAAACAGGGCGUUUUAGGGCCCACGAAGAUCUAGCCAGCUCCAUCGACGAGCCAAUCCCAACAAAAUUCAAGCUCGCAGAAGCCCGUCACCCAAAGUGCUGCAACUCCGACGACCAAGGCGCAGCUCGCGCCUUCUCAACCAUCGUCAUCCGAACAAAAUACCACUGAGAGUCAAGCAAAAACGGAGCCCGCAGCUGAAGCGCCAAAAGCGGAAGCUCCUUCGCCGAAAAAAGCGAAGGUGGUCGUUCAACAAGUGCAACGUGGCGCAACAACUGAGGAUGAGUCGCAGCGAGUUAGCGUCGCUAAUGGACAACAGCCAAGCGAGACUGCCAAGGACUCGAAUCAGUCAACAACUAAUAAAUUCGUGCUUACACCAGACUACAUCCAACAAACCAUAAAGAACGCAUUGAAACAAGAAAAUCUUAAUCCUGAAAUAGAAGAAAAACUAUUGCAGCUGCAAAGGUACCAAGAAAAGCAGAUGAAGGGAACGGAGGGCUCGGCAACCGGGGCUCAGGGUCAGAACACACUCGUUUGCUCGACUCCUCGUGCUCCUGCACGCAAACGACCUACGUCCUCGGCUCAUUCCACAGUGGCAACGCCGGCGCUUACUACUCAUCCCAACCCAAACGAGAAAGAUAACGAAUGGAUCGCUGAGACUCCCAAGAAGAAGCCUCUACCUAAACUAGACCACCGUGAUGUUUCUAAGUCGCACAAAUUAUCUGAGUCGCUGGAUAAUGAUUCAACGCCAAAGAACCGAUCCAAUAAAUUUAAGGAAACCCAAGAGCAGAGGAGGAAGCAGCAAGUACAUUCGAGAAUGCAAGUUCUUUUAUUUAGACAUAAAGAGUUAUUGAAGAAAGAUAUAUUGAAAAGAAGAGUUUUACUUGAAAAAGAGCUUCAAAUCGAUGUUCAAAAAGAUCUUUCGGCGGAGCUUGCCAGUAGAACAAAGGCCGAGAGACACAAGCAAGAUGAGGUAAAGGUGGGAAGCGCGAAGCGUAAGGCAAAUGCUCAGCCUGCGCAACAAAUUAGCCCACCAAAUAAGAACAAACCAAAGAAACAAAGGUCACAGGGAUGUGUACCGACUGUCAGCUCAUCAUCGGUGUCUAACAAAAUUAAAAAAGAAAAGCUCUAUUGCCUUUGCAGGACGCCGUAUGAUGAAACUAAAUUUUAUGUUGGUUGUGACUUGUGUAACAAUUGGUUUCACGGGGAUUGUGUGGGCAUUACUGAAGAAAUGAGUAAAACCAUGUCGGAAUUUGUUUGCACCGAGUGUCGACAUGCACGGGAAACUCAGGAAUUAUAUUGUUUGUGUAAACAGCCGUAUGAUGAAUCUCAAUUUUACAUUUGCUGUGAUAAGUGCCAGGAUUGGUUUCAUGGUAGAUGCGUUGGUAUUCUGCAGUCAGAGGCUGAUAAUAUUGAUGAAUAUGUUUGCCCGAAUUGCCAGCGAAAUUCAUCAGUCAAUUUUGCUAAUAUGAAAAAUCUUAACGCAAAAGAUCUUGAGCUUUUAAAGAAACUGAUCAAACAAAUACAGGGACAUAAGAGUGCAUGGCCUUUCAUGGAACCUGUAGACCCUAACGAAGCACCUGAUUAUUAUAAAGUUAUCAAAGAACCAAUGGAUCUUCAAACAAUCGAGCUGAGAAUCAAUGACAGAUCAUACAAAAAGCUCAGUGAAUUUAUCGGUGAUAUGACCAAGAUAUUUGACAAUUGUCGUUAUUAUAAUCCCAAGGAGUCGCCUUUUUUCAAGUGCGCAGAAUCUUUAGAGACGUACUUUGUAAAUAAAAUUAAAUGUUUAAGGGAAAAAUUCUCUGAAGGGAAAUGAAAAUGAAAAUGAA